AUGCAAGCGAUAAAGCUAGGAAAGAAAUAUCCCGACCUGAAACAAGACGAGAUAUUCGAACUGAUCAGCAAAUUCAAUCAAAUCGACGUGGAUGAUAAAGGUAGUGUAGAUAAGGCAACUGUGAUCUCGGCAUUACAGUCCAGUGGAGAAGCGGAUUAUGAUUCGGCUCGAGAAACACUCAAACAUGUCAGUAUUGAUUCUUCAGGCAGAGUAGAAUUGGAAGAUUGGGUUCAGUUACAUUCGUUGUUGAGGCAAGCGAAGAACGCACCUGUCCUCGAGACGAGCAAAGGAAGAAUUUCAGUCAAGGGUACAGCCGGUACGAACGCUUCGCACACUAUCAACGAAGAUGAGAGACGGUCAUUCACGGAUCAUAUCAAUGGGGUUCUUGCCGGAGACAAGGAUAUAGGACAUCUCUUACCUAUUCCAACAGAAACCAUGCAGUUGUUCGACGAAGUGAAAGAUGGUUUGAUACUUUGUAAACUCAUCAACGACUCCGUCCCCGAAACAAUCGACGAACGAGUUUUGAACAAACCGUCAGGUGGCAAAGGUGGUAAACCAAGAGCUCUCAAUGCAUUCCAAAUUACAGAAAACAACAAUAUCGUCAUUACCUCUGCUAAAGGUAUUGGAUGUUCGGUAGUUAACAUUGGUCCUGAAGAUAUAUCCGAAGGAAGAGAACAUUUGAUCUUGGGAUUGAUCUGGCAAGUGAUAAGAAGAGGUUUAUUAUCCAAGAUUGACAUCAAGAUCCACCCUGAGUUAUAUAGAUUAUUAGAUGAUGGUGAGACUAUGGAGGAGUUCUUGAGAUUACCACCUGAUCAGAUUCUGUUGAGGUGGUUCAACUAUCAUUUGAAGGCCGCUAAUUGGGGACGACGGGUCGAGAACUUCUCAAGAGAUGUAUCAGACGGAGAGAACUAUACUGUCCUUCUCAACCAGCUCAAACCCGAUGAAUGUUCCAGGUCACCCUUACAGACUCGAGACUUACACCAGAGAGCCGAAGAAGUACUACAAAACGCCGAUAAAAUCGGAUGUAGAAGAUUCUUGACUGCCAACUCGCUUGUAUCUGGGAACCCUAAAUUGAACUUAGCUUUCGUUGCCAACUUGUUCAAUACUUGGCCUGGCUUGGCUCCUCUGGAAGAGACCGAGGCUCCUCCACCUGUGGAAGACUUCGAUGCGGAAGGAGAGAGGGAAGCGAGGGUGUUUACACUUUGGUUGAACUCGUUGGAUGUGGAUCCGGGUGUAUAUAACUUGUUUGAGGAUCUGAAGGACGGCAAUGUGCUCUUACAAGGAUUCGACAAGGUGAUACCCGGUUCAGUCAUCUGGCGAAGAGUUUCAAAACCUAAAGAAGGUCAAGAAUUAUCUCGAUUCAAAGCUGUUGAAAAUACAAAUUACGCUGUUGACUUGGCUAAAUCCAAUGGGAUGCAUAUCGUUGGAAUCCAAGGAUCGGAUAUUGUCGAUGGAACGCGAACUUUGGUUUUAGGAUUGGUAUGGCAAUUGAUGAGAUUAUCAAUCAACCAAACUUUAGCAAGUAUAUCGAAGAAUGGAAAGGGAGUGACCGAUCAGGAUAUGGUCAAAUGGGCGAAUGAAACGGUGAAAAAGGGAGGGAAGACUUCGACGAUGAGAUCAUUCAAAGAUCCUUCGUUAUCUAAUGCAAUCUUCUUCCUGGAUUUGUUGAACGGAGUUAAACCUGGUAUAGUGGAUUACAGUUUGGUUACUGAUGGAAGGGAUGAAGAGGAGAAGAGAAUGAAUGCUAAACUAGCCAUUUCUAUCGCGCGAAAGAUGGGAGCUUUGAUCUUCCUCGUUCCAGAAGAUAUCGUCGAUGUUAGACCAAGACUUAUCCUUACGUUCGUGGGAGCUUUGUGGUCCGCUUCGUUAUCUCAAUAA